UUUCUGUCUUCUUCUUUUAUGCCUCCAUCUCCCAUCAAGCACUGCUUCCAGUACUGGUUGACGGUUUUCUAGCGAAGAAAACGGACAGGAGGUAUCUCGUGCAACCUCGUGUGAAUAAGUGUACGAGACUCCGCGUAUAUCAUUAUCAUAGGAAAAAUGGGCGGCGAAGAAGGGCUCGGGGUGACCACCGGUCAACCAAAUCUGUGCAAACAAGACUUAUCCAAAUUGGAUGUGAGCAAAUUGACUGCAUUGUCUCGCGAAGUAAUCAGCAGACAAGCAACGAUUAAUAUCGGUACUAUUGGACAUGUAGCGCAUGGAAAAUCGACAAUUGUAAAAGCUAUUUCUGGUGUACAGACUGUUCGUUUUAAGAAUGAAUUAGAGAGGAACAUUACUAUUAAGCUCGACUCGGCAGACGGUACCAGCGGCGAAAAGGCAGAUAUAUCCGGCGGCAAAAGAGCAAUGCCCGCCAUAUACCGAAAACGACACUUCUCCCCUGGAGGCAUUGAUAGAUUGCCACCGUUCGUCAAGCAGCCCAAGCUCGAUGAGAGUCGCAACGCGUCCCGACGACUGGACGGCAGAGAUAGAUUCCUCCGCUCCUCGUCCUCCUCCUCCUCCUCCUCCUCUUCAUCAUCAAUCUCAACCUCGUCGUUACCGACGUCCUCACCGACGUCGUCGUGGUUGUCGUCGUUGCCGUCGUCAUCAUCGUCAUUAUUGUCGUCAUCGUCCUCAACGUCCUCAUCAUCGGCCUCGUCAUCGUCGUUAUUAUCAUCUUCCUCGUCAACAUUUUCGUCGUCCUCAUCGUUGUCAAUAUGGUCGGCGAAGCGGCUGCGGGCGCGAGCGCAGCGGACGUUCGAGGUGAUGUAUGGCACUCGCAGACGCGACAGCGGCAAAAGGAGUCUGAGUAGCUCGAUGGACGCCGGCAGCGACGGCAGGCAGUCCGACGGGGAGUCGUCGUCCGACGGCCGCUCGUCGUUCGCGCGCGAGGACGCCUACAUACCCGAAUUGAUGUUGAAGGAAGUGCGGGUGUUGCUGUACGACAUCAAGUACAGCAAGGAGUAUCGCGACGAGCUGACGUCGAAGCGAUCAUCGGCCAAGUUCAGCUCUGCGCCGAAGAAGAAGCCGGGCCUCUGGGAAGUGGAGAAGAUCCUGCAGAAGCACCAACAGCACGGCGAUAAGGAGCCGUUCUACCGGAUCAAGUGGAAGGGCUGGGAGUCCAAGUACAACACGUGGGAGCCGCGGCGCAACCUCAUCAACUGCGAGGACAUGCUGUGCGAGUUUGAGGAGAACCGGCAGAAGAUGAUCGACCAGUUCAAGGCGCAGGAGGGUUUCUAUCCGGGCGUCGGCGACGCCGAGUGCCUCUUGGCCGAGCUGCGCUGCAAAGGUGUCACGAUCAAAGAUCUCGACGGCAUGAACGAGAACGACAGCAUGUACGAACACAUCCGCUUGUACCUGAAGAACGCGCGCCAGCGGGACGCGACGAAGAUCAAGAGGCAGCUCCUGCACAUGCUGCUGCGCGAACUGCGACGCGACCAGCUGGAGUCACUGCAGGAGUGGGAGAAUGAGAUGAAUUGUAUCGCGAAGAGCAAGCCGACGAUACGAGUGGAGAACCUGGUGGACCUGGAGGGCGCGCCGCAGGACUUCUACUACAUCGACAACUACCUGCCGGGUACGGGCGUCAUAAUACCGGACGACCCGCCGAUCGGCUGCGAAUGCGGCGUCUGCGAGGCCAAGUCCAGCUGCUGCUUCGCUCAGAACGGCCAGUACUUGCCGUACACGUCGGCCGGCCGGGUUCGCGUGAAGCCGGGUACUCCUAUCUACGAGUGCAACAAGCGCUGCAUCUGCGACGACAGCUGUCCGAACCGCGUGGUGCAGCGCGGCACCAACACUCGGCUGUGCAUCUUCCGCACGGACAACGGUCGCGGCUGGGGCGUCAAGACUCUGCGAGCGAUCAAGAAAGGUACCUUCGUCGUCCACUACGUCGGCGAGGUGAUCAGCAGCGAAGAGGCGGAGAAGCGGGGCAAGCAGUACGACGCGUCCGGCCGGACGUACCUCUUCGACCUCGAUUACAACGAGAUCGACGGCCAGUGCCCGUAUACGGUGGACGCCGCCAUGUACGGCAACGUCUCGCACUUUAUCAAUCACUCGUGCGACCCGAAUCUCGCGGUCUACGCCAUCUGGAUCAACUGCCUCGACCCGAACCUGCCGAAUCUCGCGCUUUUCGCCAUCAAGGACAUCAAGCAGAACGAGGAGCUGACUUUCGACUACACGUGCCAGACGUCACGUGGCAACGAGAAGAUGCAGCAGCAGCCGUGCGGCAAUCUGGACGCCAGUGGCGCGAAGAACAAGACUCUUUGCAAGUGUGGCGCUGCCACCUGCCGGCAGUAUCUCUUUUGAACGAGCGUUCCUUCUUCUCUUUUUCUUCUAUUUUCCCUCCUUUUCUCUUAUUUUUCUUUUUCCAAGGGGUCACACGUAUUGAUCAGCGUCCCUCCCUUCUACAUGCAUAUUUUCGAGCCAGGUGAUCUAAGAAGAGAAAUGUACCGCCACGAUUGACUCGGCUGAUGGUUUCUUCGAUCGUCCUUGUUUAACAGUCAAGGUCGGUCAAUCUGGAAACGAUUGCUCGGGGGAAGUGGCGCGAGUAACGAAGACAUUCGUAGAUUAAGAGCUUGCUAAAAUGUCGCUGUUGCGUUUCGUCGUUCCGUCAUUUCGGCGCAUAAUCGCAAUCGUACACUUCUUCAUUCGUAAUUCUACUCCUUAUCGACGGGUUGGAGUAAUCGCUCUGAUACUACAAAAUACAAAGACAAUCAAAACUAGAUGAAAAGAAUCUUACCUUGGUUGAGUCGUGGAUUGAAUGAGUGAGAUUUUAAGGGCGCCAGUCGUCCAUUUCUUCGUGAUGAUUGUUUUGAAGACUUGGGCCGUGUUAUGGAGGAAAUCACGACUCGUUUACGAGAGGAAAACUGUGAGUAGUAACGUAAUCGUUGAUGCGAAAUUUCAGACGUAUCGAAUGUUACUAUAAAAUGCGCCAAAACAUAUUGUUAGUUGUGUAUUCAUUUUUAAUAGAUUCUGUUUAUGUUUAUAUAUGUAUAGUUAAUUGUACAAAUUUGGAUACGCUAGCACAUUAGCGUAAUGUUGAAUUUACUUUUUUACUAACAUAACAGAAUGCAUAUUGGACCAUAUUUUGUGUGUGUGCGUGCGUGCGUGCGCGUGCGCUCAUAUGUAGACUAUCUGUUAGACACGAUAACACUUGUUUGACAUACCGACUUCUGCACGAAACACGAGCUGUACUUUGACGCUCCUUAUGGACGAGCUACAUGAUCUCGUCAAGUUGAUAACAUUUUCUAACGAUCAAAAGUCCCGGGGAAAGCUUUCUGGAUUAUUGAAAUAUCGUAACAGUACCAGUUUUUAUAACAUGUUUGAUCAAACAAGGAAAGAACGGGCGAUAGCCAUCUUUUCAUUUAAUCGAACAUCCGGAAUUCUUUAGAUUUUAUCGUGCCACUUGACACUUAUCACGGAAAUUUAUAUAAUUUAACUCUAAAGGUGGAGAAAAAGAAAGCACUACUGUAUGCACAAGUACAGUAAUUGUCGCCUUAGUGAUAAUAAGAUGUCGAUAGAGGAUGUCAAUUGAAAUCAUCCUGUAUGUAUAUUCAAUUCAUACACAAAGUGUUAUCAAAGAAUGGUUCAAAACUUUGCGAACUUGUAAUAUUUACUAAACUGAAUAAGAAAAAUAUGCUCAGUCAAUAUAGAUCCGCAGACUAAUCUGCAUUAUCACAGAUUACGCGGAAUUAACUUGUUAUUUUAUUAUUUUAAUCUUUUCAGAACUAAAUUGUUAUUGUCCACAGUCUCUGUGAAACUUCCCGGAGAUGUACCAAAGUUUUCAAAUAUUCAUACAGAAAAAAGUUCAAGAUCAGAAAAUCGAGGAAAAUUAGGCCCAAACUUUUCCUCAUGGAUAUGUUAAAAAUGUUUAAAUUUUAUUCUUCAUCUCCACUAAACUGUGACAGAAUUGCCGAAACAGCCAGAGAAUGUCUGUUGAACGAUUCCAAAUAAAACGGGGAUCUUUGAUGUAUAAAACGCGCAAUGAAUGCGAAAAUAUCAAAUGUAUAUUUAAACAGAAGGACGAUAUAAUAUAAUAAAUAAUAAAAUAAUACCUUAUAAUCUUUGUGAUAAUUCCGUUUUCAUACGUUUUCAUCCGUAAGAAAUCGCUGUUUCAAAGAAUUGACUCUAAGUAUUUUCUAUUCAAUUUUUAACGUGUGAGUAUUACAAGCCCAAAUAAUUUUGAACCAUCUUUUAAUGAUACCCAAUAUGUAUCUCAACUGAUAAGUUAUGAAAUCACAUACACACGAUAUUUCGAUGUUAAGCGAUACUUAGAUAUUUAGAUACUUUAAAUUUAAUAACCUAUCACUUAGUACGUUAUAAUUUUGUACGUUACAAUAACGCGUUACAGUAGUAUAAUAUGUAUUUAUUUCACGUUUUGUUCGUCGGAACUGGAGCCAAACUUGGCGGAUGUCGGUGGAAACGGUGGAACGGUCGUGGGAUUUUUACUGCGGUAUUUAUAAAGCGAAAAGGGAAUCGUUGAUAUCGCAUUUCGACAUACGCGUUAUGCGACGGUAUUUCUACGAUAUGAUAGAUGGUGUGAUGUAUGUAUAGAAAUUCGUCUGGUUAAACACGAUUAUAAACACCAAGCGGAGAGUAUCCUAUUUUUGAAACGCUGAGAAACCGACUGUAAAAUAUUAUAUUUUCAUCCUAUGAAACACGUUCAAUUAUUCUUAUGUGACGUGUAAGGACUGUAUAAAAUACCAAAUAAUUAUGAGAGGAUAAUCUUGAUAAGAAUCUUUUAAAUCAGCAUGACGAUGGCAGUAGGUCCUCUGUAAUUGGAUCGCAUCUGAUAUGCCAAAAAAAAGAAAAAAAAGGAAAACAGUAUGAAAAAAAAAAUGUUGCCAAAUAUGAAAUAUCAACG